AUGGCAAUGGCAGGAGCAGCGUUCCUUCGAUCUGUCGCUGCCAAGACGGCCCGCGCAACGCCUCGCCUUCCAUCUGCACUGGAGGAGCGCCUUCAACACCAUGGCCUCCUUCCAACGCGCUCCAAUCGCAUUUGGCUUUCUAGAUUCUCUACAUCUACUGGUUCCACGCCGCCAACCAACCUCAGGGGUCCUCAAACUCAUAACAAGGAAGUUCCCAGUGGCAGUGAGUGGGACUGGGCAAAAGCUGCAUUCAAAGAAGCUGCACCCAACGCAGCUUUCCUCCUGGUGUUCAGUGGCUUCUCUUUUAUGUAUUUAUGGCUCAAUCCGGAACAGGACCGUAUACAGGCCAAUCUGGACGCCAUCUCGAUAGAAAGGUCGGCCAGGAUAGUAGAGAUGCAGCAAAAAAAAUGA